AUGGUGGUAGAUCAUAGUGGAUCUAACAGUCCAGACACGAAAUUCAAUAAUGGCAGGGUAAAAAACCAAGAAACUAUCGAUCUCAAAAUCAAAAGCGGGACGUUAGACAGAUACGAUAAAAAAUUAGACGCCGUCGAAAAUGGUUCGUAUCCCCCCACCAAGGAGGUGGCGGAUUUCGAACAAGCUAUUGAACUCACUGGUUAUGGAAAAUUCCAUUAUUUACUGUUGGUCGUGUGUGGUUUCGUCAGCACCAGUGAGGAAAUGGAUGUUAUAUGCAUGUCAUUCAUAUUACCAUCAGCCCAAUGUGAUCUUAAGCUAAAUACGUCUUCCAAAGGAUGGCUAAAUUCAAUUAUAUUCAUUGGUAUGAUGGCUGGUGCAUACAUUUGGGGUUCGUUAGCUGAUGCGUUGGGUCGUCGUAAAGUAUUAAUUGUUAUCAGUUUUAUGAAUGCUCUGUGUAUUGUAGCAUCCACUUUUGCACAGUCUUACGGUGUAUUCAUGUUCUUUAGAUUUUUAAACGGAGCUGCAUUGGGUGGCAGUGGCCCAGUAAUAUGGUCAUACUUUGCCGAAUUCCAGCCUAAGAAUAAACGUGGUUCAAUGUUGAGUUCAAUGGCAGCAUUUUGGACACUCGGAAAUUUGUUUGUAGCAUCAUUGGCAUGGAUCAUCAUACCACAAGAUAUUGGCUACAGGUCUCCUACGUUCUUAUACAAUUCUUGGAGAAUAUUUUUGGCCAUAUGCUCUAUUCCUAGCGUACUUGUGGCUGUGUUCCUGUUUUUUUUACCAGAGAGUCCGAAGUUUCUAUUGACCCGUAACGAUCACAAAAAAGCAUUAGAAGUAUUCAAGCAAAUAUAUGCUACCAAUACAGGAAAUGAUCCAGAAAUGUACCCAGUUAAAUCAUUGGUAACUAAGUCUAAUGCUAUUGAACAUGACACUAAAAAAACUACUUCUUUUAAAAGUAUGACUGAAGAAGUAGCUCAUAAUACUAAGAUGAUAUUUAUGCAACCAAUAUUAAAGUACACGUGGAUAUCUAUAGUGAUCAACCUCAGUUUUCAUAUUGGUUAUUAUGGUCUCAUGAUGUGGUUCCCAGAGCUAUUUAAUAGAUUUGAUGAAUAUGCUCGAGCCCAUAAUGGUAGUGAACAAGCACUUGUGUGUGAAGUGACUGAAUUUGUAGUUAAAACAGGAUCGCACUCUCAUGUGGACUUAUGUUCAGAUAAAAUCGAAAGCGGCGUUUUCCUUGAAUCAUUUAUUACAGUGGCAGCUGCUAUUCCUAGUAAUAUAUUUGCAGUGUUGGGAAUGGACACAUUGGGCAGAAAAUUCUUUUUAGUAUUCAGUACAAUGGCAUCUGGAAUAUGUGCUGUCGGCUUGUCACUUAUCACUAGUAAAAGACAAAAUUUGAUAGUAUCUGCUAUUUUUAGUAGUGCUAUUAGUUGCGGUAAUGCUGCGUUGGAUUGUUUAAUUACAGAAAUUUUUCCUACAAAUUUAAGAGCUACUGGAAUGGCCAUAUCGAUGGUAGCUGCCAGACUGGGAGGUAUUAUUGGAAAUAUUGUUAUCGCUGCGCUGCUAGAUCUCUAUUGUCCAUUACCUACUUACAUUGUAGCUGUGCUCCUGAUAGGCGGAGGGCUUUUGUGCCUAUUGUUGCCUAACACCACGAGAGAACCAUUAACGUGA